GCUUCGCUAGGAAUAAGGUGCUACCAAUGCUCUUCCGAUCAAGAUCAAAAAGGUUAUGACAGCUGUGGUGCCUAUAAACCAUUCAAUAAGACAGAACAUAUUCCUAUCGAAUGCAAUACUGAUGAGUCACACAUGCCAGGAUCUUUCUGUAUGAAAGUAGUUCAACAAGGGCCAAGAGGAUUUAUCUGGGAUGGACGUUGGCGUCAAGUUAUCCGGCGUUGCGCUUCCGUAUCUGACACUGGUGUGACUGGUGUUUGUAACUGGGGUGUUUAUGAAAAUGGUGUAUAUUGGGAAGAGUGUUACUGCUCCAGCGAUAGCUGCAAUGGUGCUCCAAAUAUCGUGUUAUUUAAACCUGCAGUGCCUAUUAUUAUAAUUUACACUUUAAUGAAUUUAAACAAGUGGAAUUAACUAAAACUUACGGUAUACCAACAUAUACGUGUAUAUGCGAUUCCGUCCUUUGUCGUAGAUUUUCAACAUGACUAUGUAUAAGUUCCCCAAAGUAAGUAAUUAUGUACGUAGGUUUAGAAUAUAAGAAAAUAAAUUCACUGCGUAAAUUUUUUUAUAAGUAUACUACAUAAUAAAAUUCAACGGACAGUACAA